AUGCACCACCCGCGCAACCAGGAGCGGCUCGCCCUCAAGCCGUCGCGCGUCAGCAUCGACCAGGACAAGCGCCCCCCAUCCCCUGGCACCAAGCCUGCAUCUGCCAGGCGGCCGGGUGUCGGCGGCACUGCACGCGGUGGCUCGGUGGCGCGAGUGCCAGUGGAGUACGUGGCGAAUCUGCAGCAGCAGAUCUUCUUCCUCGAGCGCAAGCUUGAGGCGGUGGGCGGAGUCGACGAGCCGGGCGGCGGUGGCAGCCUCAAGCCGGGAGCGGGAGCAAUCGCUCUCUCGGGCGGGCUCCGCUCUCAGGGAAGCCUCACAUACAUUGCCCUCCGCCCUCAGAUCCACAGCCUCGAUGCGGAAUACCGGGCAGCGGUGCGAUCGCAUGAGGCGCAGCUGCAACAGCUCGCGCAGGAGCGCCACGCGCGCGCCCUCGAGCGGCUGGGCGAGGCGGCGCGGCAAAGCGCCGAGGCGGACGCCGAGGCGGCGGCGGCGCGGCAGGAGCUAACGGCCGAAGUGGUGGGGCUGCAGCAGCAGCUCGACCGCGCGGGCAUCGAGCACCGCGCGACGCGCGAGGAGCUCAAGGCUUCCGCCGCCGCCUGCGAGGACCUCCGCCGCCUGAUCAGCGGCGCCCCCGCGGAGGUGAGGCGGCUGGAGUCCAAGGUGACGAACCUGCAGGCGGAGCGCCUCCUCAGCGAGGGGCGCGAGGAGGCGUACCGCAGGCGGCUGGCCGAGGUGGAGAGAGAUCACGAGGCGCUCAAGCUACAGCACGAGCACGGCGUCGCCAAGUGGGACCGGAGGCAGCUCGAGGUGGACCGCGCCACGAGGGAGGCGCUCGUGGAUGCGACGAGGAGAGCGGAGCGGGCGGAGCUGCGGCUGCGGGAGGAGGAGGAGCGGUACCGGCUGCUGGGCGAGAGGCUGGACGCGGCAGUCGAGGGCGAGUCGCGCGCGGUGGAGCGGGUGCACGAGCUGGAGGCGCGCCUCGAGUACGCCGAGCGAGACCGCGACGAGGCGAUCGAGCACACGGAGAAGAACAAGAUGGUGUCGGUGCUCUCGCGCAUGAUUAUCCGGAAGACCCGUGAGCGGAUGGCGGAGGCGGAGGCGGCGGCCGCCCGUGUCGUGGCGGGGCAGGACGCGAUGAAUGACCGAGUGGUGAGCGCAGACGGGGCCCGGAAAGCAGCGCGCGCGACGCAGCUGCCAGAGCGGCAGCGGCACGCCAUCGAGAGGGAGCACUAUGCGCAGCAAGACGAGGAGGCGCGGGCGAUGACGGCGUGGAACCGCGAGCUGGAGGCGCAGCUGCACACCAUGGGCCGGCAUUUGCGCGAGGCGCGGGAGACGCUGGCGGAGGCGGAGGGCCGCGAGCAUAAUGCCACCGCCCGGCUCAAGGCGGGGGGUGUAGCCGAGAUGUAG